AUGUUAUUUUUGACAAAGAGAAAAAAUGAUGCAGUUUUUGGAAUGUUUGUGGAACAAGAACAGAAAGAAUCUCACACCGUAUGCUUCUUGGAUUGCUUCUUUUGUGAACACCUCCAAAAUGAAGGUACAAAACGUUCUAGUCGGGUAUUGGCUGAUUUCCGGUUGCCAGCCCCACCCUUAAGUAGUUAUGACGAAUUCGGUCCGCCCUUGUGUGAUUUUAAGGUUGAUGAAGAGGAGCAGAGAUUGAGAGGGCUUAAGGUGGAGAUUGGUACCAUACCAUAG